UUAAAGUUUUCGACUUUUGAUUCCGUGUAUAUUAAAAUUUUCAUUUUAAAAGGGGAAAUUUUCAAGCUGAUUACACCAUGAAACAAACUUCAAUCUUUCUCUCAUUUUGAAAGAACAUCUUUUGCGUUUUCUGUUUUUCAUUUUUUGGGUUUCACAGUUUCAAGUUUGUCCUUUCCCUUUCCUGGUGAUUUUAUGGAUGUAUUAAGCUUUUGUAGCAAUCGGAAUUUCACAGUACAGUGUUUGAUUCCCAUAAAGAAAAUUUUGCUGAACUUAUGAAUUGAUGUUCAUAGAUGAAUAUGGAGGGUGGCAAAAUCUGUGGUGGUUUAAACAUGAAUGCUUUGGUUCAAAGUGAACAACUUUCUUGUUCUUCCCAGGUUAUGGAGUCUUUAUGGAUACCCUCUUCUUCCUCUGCUCUGCAAGGUCAACAGCCGGUGAUUAGUUAUGAGGAUGCUGAUGGAAUGGAAACUGGAUUCUUCGAACCGGUUGACAAAGAAGACAAUGGAGACGAUGAUUUUGAUGGAUCGUAUCAGCCGGCGGAGAAGAAGAGGCGGCUGACCGCCACACAAGUUGGGUUCCUCGAGAGAAGCUUCGAGAUCGAAAACAAACUUGAGCCAGACAGGAAGUUGCAGCUCGCAACUGAACUCGGUUUACAGCCCCGACAAGUUGCAAUCUGGUUUCAAAACCGGGGUGCUCGGUUGAAGAACAAACAGCUGGAGAAAGACUACGAUUCCAUGAAAGCUAGCUACGAGAAGCUCAAGGCUGACUAUGAUAAUCUCCUCAAGGAAAAAGAUGGUUUGAGAAAUGAGGUACUUGAACUGAAAGAGAAGCUGUUGAUUAGAGAGAAAGGGUGUGAAAAUUUGGAAUCUCUUGAUGCCAUGAAUUCAUCCAAAACACCUCUUGGACAUGUGUCCCAUGUGUCGUUGUUGGCAUGUAAACAGGAAGAAGCGUGUUCGGCUAAAAGCGAUGUUUUCGAUUCCGAUCAUCAUUCUUCAUUGAUCGAGCCGGAGAAUUCGUCAAACGUUUUGGAACCGGAUCCAUCCGAUAUUUCGCAAGAUGAUGAAGAUAAUCUAAGCAAGAGCUUCCUGCACAUGCACCCACCAUUGUUCUUCCCAAAAUUCGAACUUGACUGUUAUUAUGAUGCACAUGGCGAUUCAUGUAAUUUUGAAUUACCGGUGGAAGAUCAGUCAUUUUGGUCUUCACCUUUGAUGCUUUUUGCACAUGAAGAUAAUCUAUGAUGCUUUUUGCAAUUG